GGUCGCCUCGAGCUCUACAUAUACACGCUCACGCUCUAGCACUCGCGCAUCUGCUAGUGAUCAGUGCUGCGCGCACACGUUAAUUUUGCGCGAGGGUUCGAGGAGGAUUCGAGAGAUGGUGGCCGUCGCGAGGAGCCGGGGUGCGGCGGCGGCGGCGCUGCUGGUGGCGCUGCUGGUGCUGCUGCCGGGGACGGGCACGGUGACGGUGGCGAGGGCGGCGCUGUCGUGCUCGACGGUGUACAACACGCUGCUGCCGUGCCUCCCGUACGUGCAGUCCGGCGGCGCGGUGCCCGCGGCGUGCUGCGCGGGGAUCCGGAGCGUCGUGUCUGCGGCGCGCACCACGGCCGACCGCCGCGCCGCCUGCACCUGCCUCAAGAACCUCGCCGCCGCCGCCUCCGGCGGGCCCUACAUCAGCCGCGCCGCCGGGCUGCCCGGCCGGUGCGGCGUCUCCGUGCCGUUCAAGAUCAGCCCCAACGUCAACUGCAACGCGGUAAACUGAGAGCACCACUCUUGGGCCACAAAGAGCGUGGGCUGAAAGACGAGACGGGCCCAUGGGAGUGUGCUCCAACGUGUUCAAGACAGUGAAGUGAAUAAUCAAACGUGUGUUGUGUUGUGGUGUGUACUUAACAGUUUAAUUACAAGUGUGAGCUACUACUCAUGCACACUAGCAGUUUAAUUAUGCUCUGAAUCUGUUUGCUCUCAGAUGCAUAGCGUCAUAAACUGAUACAGAAAGGAAGCAACCAAGGGUCCAUUCGUUUUGAAUGAACUUCACAUGAAUCUUAGAGCAAUUGAACCGUUUCCUAUAAAAAAUACCAGAAAAUUCAUGCG